AUGACCAGGAUAACGGCGAAGGCAGGUACCAGGUCAGGUGGGAAGGUGGCCGCAACAACGGGGAAGGGAGAGGCGAUCAGCAGGGCAGGCAAGGCCAUCGUGCGAGCCGGAAAGAAAGAAGCGAUUGCAAUAGCGUUGACCUGUCCAGUCAGUGCCUCGAUGGAUGUCGUUAAGUCCAGUCCACCCAUCGCCACAAGCAACGUCAACGUCGCUCUGCCACAUACAUCCACAGGCAUCAAAAGCACAGCUGUACUUUUGCCCUUUUUGGUUUUAUUUGGUUCUCGCUUUCUUGGCGUCGGAUCUCAUCACAUCGUAUCCGUAUCGUCAACCCUAGAGGUUGAUAUUCAACCACAGGACGGCGCUUCAACAUAUAUCGUCAUGGAGAACUUAAUCGACGAUGACAAGACCAGGAUCCCGAUCAACUUUCUGUUGAAUGAACAAGCUAUUGAAGACGGGGAACCGGCCAGGAAACAUGCACAGCCCAUGCAACAUGCCACUCACGAUACGCAGUCGGCAUCAGUCUCUCAGCAGGACCAGUCACUGCCGGACAUACACCCGCAACAGGAGAUCUCUACAGGCUACAGACAAAUGGAUGAUGCAUCUCAUCAGCAACCGCAACCGCCUCCCCGAUCCGAGCAUGGUUCGCGGUAUCUGCAGAACGUCUGCCCACCCCCUCAGCAAAUGUCUCGCCACACCUUUGCCCCAGACGCUAUCGUCGGCAUUCCUUCCUGGAUCGCCCUCAGGACCUAUAUUCCAACCUACCCCGACCAGGUCGCUAAAUCAAACAUCGACUUCGUCGCAAGCGGGCUCCUUCAAGGGGUCGGGUCUACCGCUUGCACAGUCCUCAUCGAGUAA